AUGUACCUGUACCUCUACCUGUACUUGCACCUGUACUUGUUGCUCUACCUGUACUUGUACCUGUACCUCUACCUGUUCCUUUACCUGUACCUCUACCUGUAUUUGUACCUAUACCUCUACCUGUACCUCUACUUGUACCUGUGCCUGUUCCUCUACCUAUACUUGUACCUGUACCUAUACCCGUACCUCUACUUGUACCUGUACCUCUACCUGUAUUUGUACCUAUACCUCUACCUGUACCUCUACUUGUACCUGUGCCUGUUCCUCUACCUAUACUUGUACCUGUACCUCUACCUGUUCCUUUACCUGUACCUCUACCUGUAUUUGUACCUAUACCUCUACCUGUACCUCUACUUGUACCUGUGCCUGUUCCUCUACCUAUACUUGUACCUGUACCUGUACCCGUACCUCUACUUGUACCUAGGCCUGUUGCUCUACCUGUACUUGUACCUGUACCUCUACCUGUUCCUUUACCUGUAUCUGCACCUCUACCUGUACUUGCACCUGUACCUGUACCUCUACCUGUACUUGUACCUGUACCUCUACCUGUACCUCUACUUGUACCUCUACCUGUACCUGUACUUGUACCUGUACCUCUACCUGUACUUGUACCUGUACCUGUACCUGUGCCUGUUCCUGUUCCUCUACCUGUACUUGUACCUGUACCUCUACCUGUUCCUUUACCUGUACCUGUACCUCUACCUCUCCUCCACCUUGAUGUCAUCUGACUCUAAGUGA